UUAAACACGUCGCUCUUGUUUCGUCUCUGUGAUUUUCAUAUUUAUGGCUGUGAUAUUUCAAACUAGAAGCCAGUUAAUGGGUAGGAACUGUAGUCCGUGGUUGGAACUAUGAAGGACUUUGUUCCGCACGAGACGGGGCACGGCGGGCAGUUCAAACUACCGGAUGGACGUUUAGGAACGAACCGUUCAGGCGUCGUCGUGGAGGUUUCGAUAAACAAAAACUGCUGUUAAUAUAUUCUUUCAACAAAUCUUUUCUCUGUUUUUACAGUUUAUCUGCAUUUUAUUUACCGUUCUAAAAAGUUCCUUCUCGUAUAUUUCAACGAACGAAGUGAUGGCAGCGAAGCUAGCGGCUAACGGAGCGGCUACCUGCUGUUUGAGAAAUGUUCGCCUGCUUUUGUAGAAAAUGAAGAAAAAAUUGGCCAGAAUAAGACCGAGCCCUAACGAAGAGGCUCGGAUACUAAAAGAAGAACAUGAAAGAAGGAGAAAGCUGCGAAUACAACAGGUGCGGGAGCAGCAGAGGCAAAUUGCCCUGCAGAUCCGUCAGGCGGUUGAGCAGCGACGACAAUGUGAGCUGGAGCAGCUGGGGGAGGAGCUGAGGUUGGAUUGGGAGCAACAGCAGAGGGAGAAACUGGACAAACUGCAGAGGUUGUACCAAGAGAGCCUCCAACUUCUCGGUCAGGGACACAGAGACGCAAAAGAAAACGAACCUGAUUUGGCAGCAAUAGCACAGAGGGAGGAGGACAAUCAUGCCAAAGCAGAACAGCGUCAUCAACAAGCCCUGAAGGAACUGAAAUCUCAGAGGCUUGAAGAACAUGAGAGACAAAACAAAUCCAUCAGUGCCAGGAAGAAGGCACUACAGACAGAAAAGGAGAGAUCAGCAAAAGUGGCCAGCCUCCCACCACCUCCCCCUAACCCCAUUCAGAACAUUGAUUUCAAGAAGCCACAUGUGGUAAAGAAAUCCGAUGUGAGUUCCUUUGCUGCCACACAUUAUCACAUGCCAGAGAGCACUGUGGAUAGAGAGGUGGAUACACAGCAGCGUAAUGCCCAUGAGGAAGCUGACCUGGAGGUCAGGAGAUUGCAGGACCUACAAAGGGAGGCAAUGAGGAGGAGAGAGGAGCAGCUGGAGAAGGCUCGUCUCAGGGGGAAGCAGGCUUUGAAGAGGGAACAGCUCAUUCAGGACCGCGAUCGUUUGCUUGUUGAACUGGAGCACAUGCAGCAGACGGACAUGCUGAGGAGAAGACAACAAGUGUCUCAGAUGCCACCUCAGAUCUUCCAGCCUCUCUACAAGAGACAGGAGGCGAGGGAAGAAUUCCAGAGGGAGAUGGAAUUUGCCUUUGAGGACAUGUAUACUGGAGAGAGGAGAGUCAAAGGUGACCUGGUGGUGCAGCUGGAACCAGAGCCCCUGCCAGCUUUGUCCACAGGCAGCCAAGACCAAGAGCUGGACGUCACACUGGAUGAAAUCACCAUACAGGGAACAGAACACGCAUCACAUGAUGCUGAGCAUGAGGCUGCCAGGACUGAGCUGGACACAUCUGCUCAAGUGGAACCCACCAAACCUGCUCCAAGGCGGGCGUUGCGGAAGCUCUUGGAUCGAAUCAGGAGCCAGAGGAACCAGUAUAAUGAGCACAGCAGUCAUGUCCCUGCAGCUGAUUCACAGACUGUUGUCAAUGACCAGAUCCCAGAGCGAGACACGACCAUCGAGACAGGCUCUCUUACAAACAGCCCUCCAUCGAGCGAUGAGAAAAACAAACAGCCCUCCAUCGAGCUACCUGAGCCUCACUCUGCCAUAGAGUCGGAGACAACUGAGACGUCAACUGGAGGUGACUCCCUAUUCUCUGACAAACUCAGAAACAGAAUCCAAGAAUUUGACGAAGAGCAAAAGAAAAGGGAGGAGGAGCUGGAGAGGGAGAAGCAGCAGCAGGUGGUUUUACUCCAGGACCUGGAAAAUCAGAAGGUUAAACUGGAACAGAUGCUGCUUGAGGCUCAGCAGGAGAGGGAACGGCUGAAGGCUGAUGCGAAACAGCAAGUGAAUGUAAACCAACCAGAUGUAUCUGAGCAGGAUCAGGACCUCCUCUCAGUCUGCCCAGGUCAAGCCCCUGAGCUGCAGCCUCCUGCAGGUGAACACAACCACACCCACAGGAUUAGAGAAUACCAACAACGUCUACUUGAACAAAACGGAAUCCACCAGAGAUCAGUGGAAGUGGCUCGCCGGCGUUUGGAGGAGUACCAGCGAGCACUGCGUAUUCGUUACAACAGGACCUCCACAUCAUUGCUGCCUGCUGUGCUACCUACAGGCCUCAGACCCCAACCUCCACACAGAUCUCAGUCCAUGCAGCUUUCAAUGCCAUCACAUGGCCAAAAUCAACCACAAACCUUUCUGGAAGUCCCAACAAGAGAGUCUGAUGCACACGUGUCAUCUGUACCUCUUCCUGGCUCCAGUUUGAUUGCUGGCUCCAAGAUGCAACCUGAUGAAAUGGAAUCUAACUCAAAUAAUUCAAGGAACCACAGACUAGAACAGAGUGUCUGGUUGACUGACAACAUAAUGGAGAGAGUGACAGGGCACCUUCCAGAAAGAGUUAGACUCUGCUCGCCCACCAUGCAGCCACAGCACAAACUGUCGUCAUCCACCAUCCCACUCCAGCUGCAUCCUGACUCCCCCAUUAGCCCGAGCUCUCUGCCUUUAGAUCAUGCAGCAUUGGGUAAAUCUGGGACUUUGUUACAUGGUCCUCUGCAGACAGCAUCCCUGAGCUCCAAAGAUGACGACAUGGAGAGAUGGAGAUUAGAGCUACAGGACGUCCAGAGGCGUGUGCUGGAGCAAAGGGAGGCAGUGGUGCAGCGGCAGAGUCUACAACAGGAGGAGAGGCAGAGACAGGAAGAGCAACAACGGAGACAGGAAAUGGAGAUGGAGCAGAUGAGGCAGCAGAAGGAGACUCUGCAGGCUCUGAUUGAUACUGACUCACAGUCAACCGCAGAUGGAGCUGCUGAAGUGCAGGUUACAGAGAAUAUUGGACAGACUCGCCUCAGGUUACUUGUGUCCCUGCUACAGGCUAUAGAGGAGUCUAAUGGAGGAACCUUAUCACACUUGGAAAACCCUCAGGAGGAUUGCUCGAACAGUAAUAUGACUGGUUCCAUCACUCAGAUAAGUGCUCCUGUUGGACCUGCCCCAGCGUCAAUCCUCCCUCCAGGACUCUUCCUUCCUCCUGCUCGAGCGGCAAAGCCUCCAGUGACCCGCAUCAGGCUGGGAACCAUGGCAGCAGGGACUGAUCAGCAUGAACUCAGUGCUAUUCCCGAGGUAGAGACGCCAGUAAACAUCAGCCAAGUCACAGAUCUGGGGGUUAGUAUGAAUUUUCCCUCACACACUGGUGCCUGGGACCUGCAGGAGCAAUCAGAUUUAUCUGUAUCCAGUGUGAGCCACACUACUGGAAGAACACCAAGCUCUGGAUCAAGCUCAAGUAGAUCCAGCCAUUGGGUCUGGAGAGAGAGACUACUGACCGGGGCCUGGACCUCUCCAGAAUAUUCAGAGUCUGAUUCAUUCCAGAGGAAAACCUCACCUUUUUCCUCUGACUCUGGGAGAGGAGCUGACUACCCUGCUCCUGCACUCACAAGCUACAGAUCGCCCACAGAGUCUCGUCAAAGGUGUCCUGAUUCCGACCUCUCGUCCACCAUCUCCACUGGCAGCUACGUCACCACUGAUUUUGAGGAGAACACAAACACUGAUAAACCACCACCUCUCGGACCUAGUGAGGAACAAAGUCCAAGAGCAGUUGUGUCCUCUGUGUCUGGUCAAAGCUUUUUUAUUAAGGACAAUUCAGCUGCACCUUGUCCUGGUUCCAUCAUUAGGGAUGCUGCAGUUGCAGUGCAUCCCAGUUCUUUAGUUGAGAGAUCAGCUGCAGGUCGUCCUGGUUCCUUAGUUAAGAGAACAUCAGCUGCAGGUCGUCCUGGUUCCUUAGUUGAGAGAACAUCAGCUGCAGGCCGUCCUGGUUCCUUAGUUGAGAGAACAUCAGCUGCAGGUCGUCCUGGUUCCUUAGUUGAGAGAACAUCAGCUGCAGGUCGUCCUGGUUCCUUAGUUGAGAGAACAUCAGCUGCAGGUCGUCCUGGUUCCUUAGUUGAGAGAACAUCAGCUGCAGGUCGUCUUGGUUCCUUAGUUGAGAGAACAUCAGCUGCAGGUCGUCCUGGUUCCUCAGUUGAGAGAACAUCAGCUGCAGGUCGUCCUGGUUCCUCAGUUGAGGGAAUAUCAGCUGCAGGUCGUCUUGGUUCCUCAGUUGAGAGAACAUCAGCUGCUGGUCGUCCUGGUUCCUCAGUUGAGAGAACAUCAGCUGCUGGUCGUCCUGGUUCCUCAGUUGAGAGAACAUCAGCUGCAGGUCGUCUUGGUUCCUUAGUUGAGGGAACGUCAGCUACAGGUCAUCUUGGUUUCUCAGUUGAGGGAACGUCAGCUGCACGUCAUCUUGGUUCCUUUAUUGAGAGCAUGUCAGCUGCAGGUCGUCCUGAUUCCCUAGUUGAGAGAAGGUCAGCUGCAGGUCUUCCCAGUUCCCUAGUUGAGGAAACUUCAGCUGCAGGUCGUCCUGAUUCCCUAGUUGAGGGAAUCUCAGCUGAAGGUCGUCCCGGUUCCCUAGUUGAGGGAUCCUCAGCUGCAGGUCGUCCCGGUUCCCUAGUUGAGGGAUCCUCAGCUGCAGGUCGUCCCGGUUCCCUAGUUGAGGGAUCCUCAGCUGCAGGUCGUCCCGGUUCCCUAGUUGAGGUAACGUCAGCUGCAGGUCGUCCCGGUUCCCUAGUUGAGGUAACGUCAGCUGCAGGUCAUUCCGGUUCCCUAGUUGAGGUAACGUCAGCUGCAGGUCGUCCCGGUUCCCUAGUUGAGGGAACGUCAGCUGCAGGUCGUCCUGGUUCCCUAGAUGAGGGAACGUCAGCUGCAGGUUGCCCUGGUUCCCUAGUUGAGGGAACGUCAACUGCAGGUGGUCCUGGUUCCUUAGUUGAGGGAACGUCCGCUGCAGGUAGUCUCGGUUCUUCAGCUGCAGGUCGUCCUGGUUCCCUAGAUGAGGGAACGUCAGCUGCAGGUUGCCCUGGUUCCCUAGUUGAGGGAACGUCAACUGCAGGUGGUCCUGGUUCCUUAGUUGAGGGAACGUCCGCUGCAGGUAGUCUCGGUUCUUCAGUUGAGGACACUUUGGAUGCAGGUUGUCUCAGUUCCUUAGUUGAGGGAACAUCAGCUGUAGGUUGUUCUGGUUCUUUAGUGGAGGACAGGUCUGUUUCUGUUCAUCCUGAUGUGGUUGUAGAAUCGCUGUUUAAUGACCGCAGCAUCCAGCGCAUCAUAGACAGAUACACCAGGGAGCUCGAUGUCUCCCUCAGCAUCGCUGGAAAAACCACAGACAGUGAAGGCUUGUCUGUGGAGGAGGCUGGAUCUUCUCUCUCACAGUCGUCUUUGGUUCAAGGCUCAAAGAGGCAAGUCGAGGACAAAGGAGCUCAAGGUCCUCAAACUCCUCUUUUACACACAGCAGGAACACGGACACAAAGCAGCCUGCAAAGUGACACUACAGCUGAUCUACUUCUGGUGCAGCCAUCACAGGCUGAGGACUCUUUCAGGCCUCUGAUUGGCCAGCUGGCUGACCAGUCCUCCUGUCUCGCUGUUGAUUCAGCCAUGGAGCAACUGGUUGGUCAACCAUUUGCUCACUCAUCCAUGAUAGGUCAGCUUUCUAGUGUGCCGGGUCAAGGCGGUUGGGAUUCCACUCUGAGCAGGAUAAUUAGUCGACUCUCCCAUCAGUGGAGCAGUGGGCAGAACUGUAAUUCAGGUCAGCUGAUGGGUCCAAUGGUGGAGGAGCCGUCAACCUCAUGGUUGGAUGAAGGUCAGGAGGAAAGCCGGAUGAGGCCACUGGUUGCAGAGCUGGACACUGAUCAUCACAGUGGUGUCUCAGGUGAAUUUACCCACUUGAAUCUUGGCGUCUCAGCUGAGGACAGUUUGCCGUCACACCCAGCGCUGCCUGCUGAGGCGUCAUCUCAUAGUGCCACAGCCCCAGGUGUGAGUCGACGUUCAGAGGAGCAGAUGCCUCUGAAUCAAACCAGUCCUGUUCUUCUGGAGUCUGAGAGCACAGAAGUUUUUCCUGGUUCUGACUCAUUCCACACAUUGUUUGCUGAGGUCACCCACAAUGAAACGGCUGACCCCUUCAUGACCUUCCACCUGCUGGAACACAAAGUGCCUGAAUCACCUGAAGGAGAGCUGGCCUGUGGUGGAAGCAGUGAGUCUGAUACCCACACUGAUCCGUCUGUGGAGUCUGAACUGUCACCUGAACACCUGCGAGCAGAGAAAUCAGGUCUACACAGCUCCUGCCAGUACCAGCCUGAUGAGUCCCUCCUCACGUUAGAGGAGAGUGUGAGAACAGAUGUGGAGAAAACUGCUCUGAAUCUGUCAAACAUAACAAUGUGUGAUGAUGAUGAUGAUGAUGAUGAUGAUGAUGAUGAUGCACCUGAUCUGGAAGUGCUGCAGCCAACGGGAACAGCAGCAGGAAGGAGCUGUGUCUCUGAAAAUCCUCAAGAUUCAUACACAUACAGUGAAAAUGUGAAGUCUGAGCAGUGUUCAGACCUGAGCGUCCCUCUGUCAGAUGAGAUAUUGGAAGUGCCCAGUGAGAAAGGGAUCCUGGAACAGUCUGAGAUAACGUUGUUGAGCCUGACAGACGCCACACUGCAGGACCAGGAGACGACCAUCGCUGAGGAAGACAGAGUUUGGGAAGACGAAUUUCCAUAUGGAGAAGGACAAAAUUGCCUUAAGAAUGAGGGGGCAGAAUCCAUGUUGGUGCCAGAGGAGAGACUGAAAGACAAGGACCAAACUCACCCAGUGACUUUCCUGGAGUUUGAGUGGGAUCAGAGCAGAAGCCUGCAGCAGGUCAACCAGCAGAAGUGCAGAGCUCUGCUGCAGAGAUCGUGCCGCAGGCUGCAGGACAUCAAAGCUAAACAGGCUCGGGUCAAGAAUCAGAUCCAGGCUCCGUCUGAAGCCAGGGAGGAACCUGAAUCUGUCGACUGUGAGGAGACGAUUCAACCAGAAGCUCAACAGAAGACGAAUAAUGGAACAAAGGAGGAACAAGCUGAGCAGCAACUACAGACGGAGAAGGAAACAGUGAGAGAUUCCAGGCUGAAAAAGACAGAUGGAGUGAAGAUCUGCACACCAGAGCAGAGGAAACAUUCUGAGAUGUAUCAGAGAACUCGGAGAUUGUACGAGCAGCUGCAGGAGGUGAAGCAGCAGAAAACCAUCAGGAGCAGACAGGAAGCUUACGUCCAAAACAGACUGAAGGCCCAGGAGUUCCACAAGAAAACUUUACAGAAACUUCGUGCCAAGCAGAAACAGCAGUGAUGUGGUGUUUUUUUAGUUCUCUGAAUUAACUUAAAUCUGUAAAAUUUUAAUCAAUAAAGUGUUUAAUUUAUUUGAA